CGCGCCGAAAAAAGCAAACGAAUUGCCAACAGCAGCGUUUUUGAACAAUAGAUGGCUUUGUGGCGCCAUCUAGUAGUAGCCGCAAGCAACUCUUCGAUUUACAAUAUGGCUGCCAGGGCUGCACAGCAGCGCAGAAUCAAAACAGCUGUUGAUAAACCAAGCGAAAGAACAGAAAGUAAAAGUAAACGAGAUAACGACUGCAACACAAGUUCCAGCUGGAAAAAAAUAAAAGCUGACACAUAAAUCGUUUAAUUCAAUAAUAAUUCGGAAUAGAUUGUGGUAUGUUCUGUUGCCUACGCACGUGCCUCAACGGGGGGCAACUGCGAAAAGCGUCAGCGGCAGCGCAUCGCCAUCGGGAGCCCGACGUGCAUCUCGAUGCGGCGCAUAUGGGCUCCGAUGUUAUAUUGCUCUCACAUCAGCUGCGGGUGACGGGCACGGGAGGAGUUCUUGCCACGGCACCGUUGGUUCAGUCCAAAUCCUACUUUGAGGUGAAGAUUCAACAGAGCGGCAUCUGGUCGAUUGGCUUGGCCACACGACAAGCGGACCUGGGACGCAAGUGGGGCGGCGGGGAUCGGGAGUCGUGGUGUCUUUGCUCCGACAAUGCCACACGCCACAACGACGAGGAGUUCCGUCCCGUUGUGGCCAACUGCACACAGCCGACGGCAACAAACUCCACAAAGUCAUCGGGAAGUAUAACAACUACUGCCAAUGGCAUAUUGAACAAUAGUGCGGCUGCUGCAGCUGGUCUGAUUGCCAUUGAGGAUCUGCAGGAGGAUCUGUUGAUGACCACAGGCAAUGCCACUCCGUCCGAGUUGAGCUCCGUCGAUGGCUUGAUCAGUGCACCACAACGUGACUUUCCUGACGAGGGCGACAUUGUGGGCGUGGCCUUUGACCAUGUCGAGCUUAACUUUUAUUUCAAUGGCAAGAAUCUGGAGGUGCCCUUCCGGAAUGUCCGAGGCGCAGCCCUUUUUCCAGUGAUCUAUGUCGGAAAUGGAGCCAUUCUGGACAUUAUUCUGGAUAACUUUUCACAUGGACCGCCCUCAGGAUUCGAGCGCAUUCUAAUCGAGCAGUCGCUUCUUUAGAGGAUCACUGCAACAUUCCUCAAACUUUAAGUGUAUAACCUUAUCUAGUCUCGCACCCGAAAAUGUGGGCGCAUUUGAAAAAACUGUCAAAAAAAAUACCAAAACUUUAUUCUUCUUUCAUACUAGAAACAUUUAAUUAUUCAUAUUUUAACGUAUAAUCUAUUAGCACUACAGUAGAACUUCCCUUAAAUGAAGCAUUAUUAUUAAUGACAAGAACUGCGCAUUAGAGAAUAAAUAUUGUAGGAAAUACAAAUAAAAAUCAUUCCAUUGCUUAGAGUUUUAGCUUAUGCAAUUUAGGGAAGCUUUACUGUACUUCCUUUGACAGUUAUUUCAAAGCACAAUUUCGGGUUUGUCUCUUUUUCAUUGAGUCGAAAAUCUAUUGUAAUUAUAUGUAUUUAGGAGCUUGUUUUGUAAAUUAUAUAUACGUAGCUAGAAUUGGCGAAUGCUUUGUAUUAUACACACACACACACCAAUA